UGGCGGCAACAGAAGUAAUCAGACAAUAAUCAGCCGAAAGUUAUUAAAAGUUAUAUUUUACUUUGUAGGCUUCCUUAACUCGUAUUAUAAACAUAGAAUAUGGAUGAGAAAGAUGAUUUGUCACAACUCGAAGAAUUAUUGUGCGCAGAUUUGGAUGGUAAACAGGAAGAAACUGAGAAAAAACCACCGUGCUUUAAAGAAGUGAACAUUUUCGAAGAAGCGAAUUGCUUAGAAAAUAUACCAAACAGUAGUGAAUCCUUAAAAGCCUCAGUUAUUCAUAAUGGUGACACUGACUCAUCUGACGAUGAAGAAAAAAGAAAUUAUACAGAAAGAAAAUAUAACGACUAUGGGGCAGAAGUGAAGAAAUUGCUAGAUAAUAAGGAAAAAGAUCAAAUAGACAAGAAGUUAAACUUUGAAGUAAGAUUGCGUCAGGCUAAUAUUGAUGUAAAACUAGCUGGUCAUAGUUCUUUCUCAAAGAAAGCUGUAAAUAAUCAUGAACAAAAAACGAAAUACAUUUUUGGAGCUCCCGACACUAAUGGUAGCAAUAAUAAAUACAAAUCAGAUGUUUUUACAGAUCCUAUAUUCGGCAUUCGUAUCACUAGACCACUUGUAUCAAGUGCUGCACUGCUAGAUAGAAUGCAAGGCAGAGAAGCUGUAAACAUGCUUCGAGUUAAAAGAUAUGUGGAAAAUGAAGAUUUGUCAAAAGACUGGGUCAUUGCUGGAGUUAUAGUAAGGAAAAGUUUACCUAAAAAGUCACAAAAAGGUAGCCAAUUUUUAAUUUGGACUCUCAGCGAUCUUAAAGAUGAUAUAAAAACUAUUUCAAUGUUUUUAUUUCAAAAAGCUUAUCAUGAAUUGUGGAAAACAAAUGAAGGAACUGUUGUAGCAGUUUUGAACCCUAAUGUUUUGGAUAGGUCACAGAAUAGCGCUGACCAGGCCUGCCUCAGUGUGACAAGUCCUAACCAGGUGAUGAUCCUUGGAGAAUCCAAAGACUUUGGAAUAUGUAAGAGUAAAAAGAAAAAUGGGGAGCCCUGCACAGCUGUCGUGAAUAUAAAUAAAUGUGAACAUUGUGUAUACCAUGUAAAGCAAGAAUAUCAAAAAUUCUCCAAAAGGCAGGAAUUACAGUCUUCGACUAUGGGGAAAGGUCUUGUUAAUUUGCAAAAUAAAGUCUUAGGUAAAAAUACUGUAAUUUAUGGUGGCAAAGCUUAUUCUGCUUUACCAAAAGCCAAUAAUAAAAAAAUAAAAGAGAAAGAUCAAAAUAGGCUAAUGUCAUUAAGUGAUUACUACAAAUCUGAAAGUGACAGCAACUUAAUGAACAAUAAAGCACCAUAUGGAGCAGGUUCAUUGAAAGGUAAUACCACAACAUUACAUAGUCCAACAGCACAAAGAAUCUCAGAUUCUGUACGACUUAAUAAAUUAACACAGUCUAGUUCAAAUUGUAACUCAAAAACAGAACUGAGUUUAGCUGAAAAGGUGGCAAAUUCUCCAAAACUAGGCAGAGGAUUUAACUUGAAAGGCAAUGGUAGUAUUGAUCUGAGUGUUUCAUACAGACAGAAAACAGCAGAACAGAUUAAGUUAAAUGCUAUAAAACUUAUUCAAAGAAGUGGCGGUUUAAUGAAAACAGAUCCAAACAACAUCAAGGGAACUGAAGCAGGGAAAAAGAGAGCUUUAGAUAAAUUAAAUACUUCAGGUACUGAUGAAAAUGUAUGCAAAAAAGUUAAACCAAAUGAAGAUAAAAACUUCAAACCAACAAUGUCUGAACGAUUUAAAAAAAUUCUUGAAGCAACAUCAGCUCAUCAGAAUCUAAUUCAACAACAUGAAGACGAUGAGCAAGAAAAAUACUUUAAUAAACUUGAAAAGAAAGAAGCUAUGGAAGAAAAGAUGUUGAAUACAUAUAAAUUAGCGUGCAAAGCUGUGAGGUGCACUAAAUGCAAGUAUACAGCAUUUUCUGCAUCUCAACUUUGUAAAGAUGAGAGACAUCCUCUUAAAGUAUUAGAUACAUUUAAAAGAUUUUUCAAAUGUUUGGAUUGUAGUAAUAGGACAAUUUCUUUGGAAUUAUUGCCGUUACAUUCAUGUAGUAACUGUGGAGGUUCAAGAUGGGAGAGAGCAGCAAUGAUGAGAGAAAAGAAAGUAGCUCACUGUGAUAGUUUGUCUAUUAGAGGGGAAGAGGAAACUUUUAUUGGUGGAGUGACUACUGGCAAAAAUAUUAAUUUAAUGGUUCCUGACUCAUAAAAAUAUUUAUU